AUGGCAACCGACGCACCACAGUUGCCUACCCGGUUCCCCUGCUGGUGUCGGGCAAUUUACUCAUGGGGAGGAGAGACAAAGCGCGAUCUGGGAAUUAUCGAAGGGGAUCUCAUCGAAUGCUUGAAUGCGGGCGAUGGAAAAUGGUGGAUGGGUCGCUUGCGCCGGGACAGGCGCAUGGUGGGACUGUUUCCCUCCAACUACGUCGAGGUCCUUGGGGAAGAUUUCGUCCCGGUCAGUCGCACCGCAAGCCCAAUGGUUCAAGCUGCUGCUUCUCCCAUCACCAAUCCCACUUCCGCCCCCAAAAAGCAAAAGACCGUCUUUCGGAAACCCUUCCAGGCCCACAAGGAGGCCCUUGCGCCAGCUGAGCUUGCCCGAAGCUCAACCUCGUCAUCCCCACUCACGAGCUCCAUCCCCCAAACCCCGCCUCGAGAUGGGAGUCUGUCCCGCAAGACAAAACCUUUACGUACCCCGACGAGUGCGAUCAAACAUCAAAGCUCUACAUCUCGGCCUUCGUCGUCGCGCUCACGGCCGCCGUCUCGUGCGGUCUCUCCACGACCUCCUCCGGAGCCGAGUCAUGCACCAGCGCCGAUGCCACCCGCGCCGAUACCACCUGCGCAUGAUGUAUUCCGAUCUCGCCCUCCGUCGCGUGGUGCGUCGCCACGUCCACGUCAAGAUACUCAGCUCGUCUUGCCUUCCAUCCCACCUACUCAGUCCGCGCGCCCAAGGCCACCGUCGCGUGCCGCAUCUCCCCUUAUACCACAAGAAUCAAACUACUUUGUCGCACCAGCCCCGAUGACGCACAACGCGCCAUUGCCCCGGCCUUCGUCCCGGGAGAUCUCACCCCUCCAGCUCCAGGAGCGGGAGGAGUCCCCGCCUCCGCCACCACCACCUCCGCACCGAAUUGCUGUUAACCGUCCGCCAUCAAGAGAAGCAGUACCAACACAUUUUGAUAUGAACGACCGCUAUGUCGUAAUGUCACGAACUCCGUCGCCUGCUGUACAUUCCGACGUCAACGACGGGCACACUCCUUCUCCUCUUAGAGACGCUAUGGAGGAUGUAAUGACUUCAUUGGAGGAUAUGGGGAUGUCUCGUGGAACCACCUCUCCGUCACCACAACCCGCUUUCAACAACCCAUGGUCCCCGGAUGCUUACGAUAGCUUUCGUGAUACCCGGCCAACACAGACAGUUGGUCGGUCGUUGACAUCUUUGGGAUUCGAAGGCGAUAAGGACUACCAAUAUCCGCCGGCACCCCCUCAUCGGAACAGCGUUUAUGCCCACGACCAGUUCCUUGAUGGCCCUCCACAGCUGAACAACUAUGUGCAGCGAAUGGAAAGCCGCCUCCGCCAGAUGCAAGAGCAAAGUCGGAGGGGCUCAGAGGAUAUACAGCCCUCCGAGGAUGACGAGGAGCCGCCCCCACCGCCCCCGAGAAACGUUCCGUAUCAUGCGAGGCACAACUCAACCCCAGCUCAUUACCCCCACUUGCGGAGUCGGCGGUCGGGGCAGGAUUUGAGGGAUGAUAUGCUCAAUCGGACUUACACCACCAAAUCGAGCACCACGAACUCGUCCAGCGGAGUGCAGAGCACCAGCACAAACAUGACUGUCAGCACAGAAAGGACCAGCCAAAGCCUGAUGAGCGGUCCAUCUGCGGGCGGAUUCAGCGCAACAAGUGCAGGUAGCUACGCGCGCCGAGGCAUUGGAGCAGGUGAGAGGCCAAGUACCGCUAUGGACACUUUUCGUAGCAGAGGGUUCAGCGAUGUUUCGCGACUAUCACGACCAGAGACGCCCUUGACUGGGAUUUCAUACCAUUCCAGCCACAAUACCUCCCGUCAGGGUGCAUCUUCUGCAAUUCCAUGGUCAUCGUCUGCAGGUGGUACGGAAGAAACUGCCGGUGUUUUCGGUGGUCUAACUACCCCUAAGGCCAAAAAGCACGGAUUUUUCAAAAAGAUUUUCGAAACGGCCAAGACUGGUGCCGCAAACGCCAGAAGCAGCAUUGCCGUUGGGCAAAGCGGCGGCUCUUACUCCCCUACUAAAGGCAGAGCAGUGUCUCCGAUCAGGUCCUUGCGCCGUGAUAGCGCUCGUGACACCGGGACGGGUGGUAGUGCCAUAGACUGGGUACAAGUGCGGCGAGAUGUUAACCGUGCCAGCUCACCGAGUCGAAACGAGAGGAUUGAACGGGCAGAACGGUGUCAGAUGAUGGACAAUCCCGUCAUCUAUGCGGUCGAGGAGUUGUACGACACUGCUGAAGGUGACGAAAGCAUCGAUGGUCUACCGAUAAGUGAGCCAACCAACUUUGGCACGGUCAAUCUGAAUCUCGUGGACAAGAGCGCCCGCUUCGUUAACAGCCUUCCUCCCAUGACUAACCCCAUAAGCCUCGCUCAGGGGUAUAUCUGCCGUCCUUACAAGAGUGAUGUCCAGAGAUUGCGUGCUAUUUUUACCUGGGUCAGCGAGAAAAUCGCGUGGGAUGAGCCGGUGGAGGAGUUCGGCGUGGACCUGAAGCGGGUGGUGCAGACCAAAAGGGGAAGUCCUCAUGAGGUGGCUUUUCUGGUUAAAGAGAUGUGUGCCGCCGUCGGUCUACAUUCGGACGCAGUCAAGGGAUUCCUCAAGACCCCCGGCGAGAUGUUCGACCUGGACAGUCUCUCGCGGCCUAAUCAUUGGUGGAACACGGUUCUUGUGGAUGGCGAAUGGCGGAUCAUGGACUGUUCGUUAGCAAACCCAACGAACCCCUGGCGCAAUAAGUUCGUGACGACCGGGUCUGCUGCCGCAGAGAGCUGGUACUUUCUUGCGCGUCCGAUGGAGAUCUGCUACACGCAUGUACCGCUCUCUCCAGAAGACCAACACAUCUGUCCACCAAUUUCACCUGAUGUUUUGCUGUCUCUCCCGGCUGUAUGCCCAGCCUAUUUCAAGAACAACAUGCAAGUUCCUGAUUACGACACAAGUGUCAUUCACAUUGAAGGACUGGAGGUCAUGCAACUUCGACUUCUUGUUCCUCCCGAUGUGGAGUGUGUUGCUGAAGUGGAAGCUCCUGCUUUUGCGUGCGACGCGGAUGGUGACUAUUUCGAGAGUGGUGAGGUUGUGCGGAAGCGUGCUCUGAUCCAACCUGACUGGGUCCAAGGCCAGAAGCGCUUUACUGUGAAGGCUGUCCUCCCGGGCGACGAAGGGCAAGGUACAGUCAAGAUAUACGCUGGUAAGAAGGGCUUGAUGCAUUCCAGCCGUGACAUCCCCCAUCCAUUAGCACUCGCCCUGCCAAUUCUGCACACCGGGGAGAACCCGCCCUACGACUUCGUCCAGCGCCAUCCCACUCCUCAUGCACAGCGCCAUGACUUGUACAUUAUGCAGCCCCAGUGCGCACGACUUGCCGUGAACAACACGUUUGUCUUUGCGAUUCGCCAGCAUCCGGCAUCUCUACCGGCGGUGCCCGGCGGGAAUGAGUCUAGCAUCAGCGGACGCGUCUCCCCCUCCGUAUUCUCUAGACCUGCUAGUGCGCUCAGCAUGUCUCCGUCGGGCAAGAUUCUGCGAUUGACCAGGAAAGCCGAUCAUAUGAUCAGUACCAAUAACAAUCCCGAAACCAUCACCGAUGCCACAGCUGAUGGCAGUGUCUGGGAAACAGUCAUCAAAAUUGGUGAGCGUGGAAUCUGGCGAGGCUUGGUUCUGGCUGACCGUGUGGCACGCUGGUGUGUGUUCUGCGAAUGGGAGUGCUACUGA